AUGGCGCUGUUGGACAUCAGUUCAGCCCAGCUAUGCGAGCCUCCCAAUGUUGCGGGACAAUUAGAAUCGCCAUCUUUAAUUGGCAAUGAUGUGGUCAGAUGUGAUUACCCAAAAUGCCUGUGGACCGGCAAGUGCCCGUCAGAUAAAAGGAAACAUGAAGCCCGACAUAAAAAGCUAUUCAAGUGCGAUGUGCCGAAUUGUACGCGAAAGGAGGGGUUCGGUACUAUCAAUGACCUUGCACGGCACAAGAAAUGUGUUCAUAAGAAGGAGCCGGAGCGCGGACCAAAGGUAUUAUAUAUGUGUUUUGGACGAGAUUGCCCACGAAGCAAUAAGAAAUGGCCUCGCCUAGAUAACUUCCGUCAACAUCUUGCUCGUAUGCAUAGUACAGAGGAUGGGGAUGAGUUGCUGAGGAGGUCACGCGAGUGGUACGAAAAAGUAAGGUCACAGGAUACUGUAUCAACCCUUACGGACAACGUGCCGGCAGAAGCAAUAUUACAACGAGUCCAGAGUAUAACCGAACCGAAAGUCAUGAUGCGGGCUGCUGACUGCGACUCCCAAGAUCCGCUUGCUGCAAUUCAUUCGGCCUUUCAGGCUGCUAAUUCCAACAUGUUAAUACCGAAUCCAACCGGAGAGCAUUAUAUACUGCACGCCGCUGAUAUGCAGUCGCAGUCGAUGGAGCUCUCGGCACUUACGGCACUAGAACUUGAGCCAGCGUUGGCGCGAAACAUGCUCGAUCCUUCCAAGUCUGCCAAAUCACGGCAUGACAAAAUGGACAAUAUGAUAUCUGAAGCAGCGGUAAGCGUGAUUAAUGCUAUGACGAAAAUGAUUCACAAUCGCCGGCGAAGACGAGGUUAUGUGGGGGAAGACGACAUAGUCGAAGAAAGCGAGCUAUCUGACAGGAACCGAGACAUUUUGCAAAAGAUCCUGAUCGCCGCAUCGGAGCUCCUCUCGGAAGGCCCAGAGGCAGGAGAUAAGAUAUCUCAUGUAUAG